UCACUACUUCGAUAUUUAAAAGCAACUAGUCCACAUUCUCUCCUGCCCAUUCUCUCCUGGGUUGUUCUGUUCAUCAACUUGUCUCUCUAAAUCUCGCUCCACAUGGAUCCAUCAACAGCACAAGGAGAUGAAGGUGAAAACAACAACAGGGCUGCUCUUCAAUCUCUCCCCAACUUUGUUGGCAAGCACAGGAUGACGGCUGCUAUUGCUCUCCUCAAUCAACAGAUUCAGUUUCUUCAGGAAGAAAUUGAUCAACUCGAGACUCUUGGUGGAUCAUCCGUUGUUUGCAAAGAAUUAGUUGCAAGUGUUGAAUCCGUCUCUGACGCUCUGCUUCCUGUAACCAAAGGGCCAACAGAAGUUGCUUGGGAGAGAUGGUUCCAAAGAUCCUCUAAAAACCGCAAGAAGUGGAUAUGAGUAUCAUCUCUCACCGGAAAGUGAUUGAAGAAUUUUGCCAGAAGUUCAUCGGCCAGUUCAAUUACAGUCAGGUCUAUGUAUUCUAUAUCUAAAUGUAGCAUCCUGUAUAGCCUGUGUUUUCUCUAAGGUUGUUUCCCUUUGUUUCACCGGGAAUUAGCUAGGGAGGAUUGCGUGCAAUCUCAAAAUGUCUAUAAUAAAUUACAUAGUUGCGCUAUGUCAUUUAAAACGUCA